UUAUACCGUAUUUUUAUGUGUCUUUGUGGUUUUUAACUGUGAUUUAAAUUAUUUUAGUGUUAUUUUAUGAUGACAGUAUGCCACUCGGCUCUCCAAAGAAGAGGGGCAUGAAAGAGCCUCAGAGAGGCUGUUUAUAUUGUAAGCCACUUUGUCAAGACUAUUUGCCUGGAAAAGCGAGAUAUAGAGACAUAAAUAAAAGAUAACCAAAAUUGCUUCUACAGAGCACUGGCUUUUAUAGUAGACUAUAAAAGCCCAGAUUUAUAAGUAAUAGGUAGACUUAUUUUAUUAAUUCAGCAUCACUAUGCAACAGAGACAUACAAAAAUAAAAGUGAUUGGAUUAUUUCUAAUCAGGUUAGAUUUGAAAUCAAUAGCUAAGAUUAUGUAGUUAAGUCAUUCUGCAUAGUUGAAAGGGGAGAAAGCAUAAGGAUCUUUGUAACCAUCAAUAUUCCAGGGCUUGUGUAAUUAAAAUUAUCCCACAUCAUGUGAAACCAGAACAGUCCCAGUUUGGUGAAGUGUUUUUCCACUGACCAAUAGGAAGAUGGACAUUUUGGAACAGAUGGUAAAAGAAUAUAAUAAGGUCAGCUGUGAUCAAGCAUGAUACCAGUGAAGAGUGAGCUGGUUAUUGGUGUCCGGAACGUAAAGGAUUUAAAUUAAAUGGACAUCAAUUCUGACACGGUGGUUGUCACGGGCUUUGGUCCCUUUCGACAGCAUCUUGUUAACUCUAGCUGGGAAGCAGCAAAGGAACUGGCCAGAAUUGGUCUUGGAAGUGAUGUAGACCUACACAUCAUGGAACUGCCAGUGGCUUACAAAAAAGCAAGAGAGAUUGUCUGUCAAGCAUGGGCAACCCUUCACCCCCAAGUUAUGAUUCAUAUUGGCCUGGUUUCUACUUCUAAAGCAAUCAUCAUUCUGGAGCAGUGUGGGAAGAACAAAGGCUAUAAAGAAAAGGAUGCUUGUGGAUUUUGUCCAGAAAAAGGUUGUUGUGUCUUAGAAGGCCCAGAAAGAAUAGACUCUACAAUUAAUUUGAAGAGUGUCUGGAAAAACAUUCAGGUGGAAGGGAUGGAUGUAAUUUUUUCCAGAGAUGCAGGAAGGUACGUUUGUGAUUACAUCUAUUAUACCUCUCUUUACUAUGGUAAUGGAAGAGCAGCAUUUAUCCAUGUACCUCCUCUAUCCCAAUGGGUGACAGCAGAACUUCUUGGAAGAGCCCUACAGACUGUUAUCUUAGAGAUCUUAAAGCAAUGUAAACAGGGGAUAAUGUAAAACCAAAGACCAAAAAACCUACACACACAAGUUACAAGGUAUGUUCAUUUUCAUCUGACUUUAUGAAAAAUUUAAUACCAUCAGUCAUAACUAUUAAAAAAAAUAACCAAUGCAAUCCAGUGUUCUCUUGUGUGUGCAAACUUAUGCCUUCAUGAUUCAAUGCACACACUGCUUAAACUCAGGGUUGAAAUGGAAAAACACUUAUGGACAAAGGAGCUGCAUGUGUACAUUGGAGUACAUUAUGACCACAAUGCAGGGAUGUGGAACCUAUGGCCCUCCAGAUGUUGUUGGGACUACAACUCCCAUUAUCCCUCACCAUUGGACAAGCUGGCUUGGGCUGAUAGGAGCUGGCUUUCCAUUCCACCCGUAACUGUACGGAACAAUACACCAUGCACAUGUUAAGUGGCUAUGGAAAACCAUAGAAACAUAGAGUAAAGCUGAAUCCCCACCCCCCUUGCAAAUAAACAAAUCUUUCUGUAAUUCUGGUUCUGAUGAGGAAAAUCUUGAAUUUUAAAAGUUGCGUUACUGCAGAUACUUUUGUUAAGAAGAAUUAUCCAAAGGGUGGACAACGCUCCCCUCCUGAAGAAACGAAGUAGCUUUAAUAGAAAUUCAUCAUCAUCAUCAUCAUCAUUUAGAGCACAUCUUGUUAGAAGAGGCUGCACUUUUUUAAAAGUACCUUGUAUUCUGAAUAAAAGGCAAUACACAGUACGCAAAAAUGCAUACAGAAUUCUUUUUAUUUAACUUAAUUAUGUAGUACUGUAACUACUAGAAAAAAAGCAGAGUAAGAGAAACUAAAGGAGCCUUAGCUUCAGCCAUUCAAAAUAGACAAAAGGUUCUUUUUUUCAUAAUGUAAAGAAUCCAGAAUAUAUCGCAACAGGAAUAAAUUCUUACAACAGAAUAUACAAAAACAUUUUGAAUUUUUUUCAUCAUCUACUGAUUCAUUUUAAUAUAAACACAGGAAUUUCUUUAGGAAUAAUUUAUACAUAGCAAGUCUUUAUGUAAUAAAUUGGCCAUGUUAUUACUGUUUUAUUUUAUUUUUUAUUAUUUUUUAAAAAAACUUUAUAUUUUAAACAAGGUAACUUGGAAAAUGUUGUUUGCAAAUGCAUUCAGUUCCAUAGCACUUUCUAGUUUCUGUGUUUUUUUCCAACUUUUUUGUUCCAGAGGUAGAACAACUCUGGCCAGUCCUUUCUUCUCAAACCUCACUGGUUUAGAAAACAGAAAAAAAUAUUUAAAAAGGCAACAGAACUACCCAGAACCCUUCGGGUAAAGAGGAGAAGGAGCUGUUUUAAUUUGGGUACAGAAAUUGGAUCUUCGGUAUUCUUGUUUAAAUAAUUAGAAUAAUAAAUAGGGACCUUUGAUGGUCAUUUAAAACAAAGAUUUAACGUUGCUAAAUAUCUACAUAAAUUGUACAGGCUGCGUACGAAGCCACCUUUUCUUUGAAUAGAAGUGAUAAGGAAUCUGUAAACGUAAGUUGUCUUUCUUUCAGUGAUAAGUAUUGAAAGUGGCUUUUCACCACGAUAUCACACUAUGCAGUCAAAUCCUUCAAUCAACCUAGGCAACAAUAAAGCAGGUACUUAAAUAAUGCAAACAAUAAUUCCAAUCCCAAACACGUUUACUUGGAGAUGAAUUUACCCUGGAUUUCAGUGUAACUUACUUCCAAAGAAGCGUACUGAGGAUUGUAGCUAAAGACUGCGUAGCAGCAACAAUGGUUCUGUUUCCUUAACCAAUGAGGUUUUAUCCCAACCUGCACCCAUACAGUAUAAGUGAAAUGACCAGUUGAAGAUGAUCCCACCCAUCCAGAGGGCUCUGGAAGACCAGGUGACUGAAGAUACAGAACAUAUUCUGGGUUUACUGUGUAUUUGGGGCAACAAAUGAACCAUGAUUUAAGAGUUGGUACAGGAUCCUUUUUUGGCAUAUUGUAAAGCUAACUAGUAAAACCAGUAUCCUAAAAAGGAAAGGAAAAGAAAAGAAAACCUUAGACAUACAUCCACGCACACUGAAAAGUGCCCUUAAAUUAUUUUAGGCAUUUAUAAACUACAAACAUUUCUAUAAAAAUCAUUCUAUGUACUUAUAAAAUGCAAUGAAAUAUGUAAUAAGGGUUUUGUUUUGUAAACCAGAGCUUUGUCAACUGACUACCCGUAAUCUACUGGACUUAAGAGCCCUAUUGAAAAUGCUAAUGGAUUGCUAGUCAACAGAAAGGAUACAAAAGUAAAAGAUGACAACCACACACAAGUACACACCCAUUCCACAUACACAUCUAAUGAAAGCCAUCUGGAACUUGUGCAACACUUAUUUAUGGUCAGGUGGCCCAGUCCAGCAAUCCCUUCCAACUGCUCUAGUACGUGCGUAGAGCACAUGCGCCACUCCAGCAAGGACUUCCCCAUUUACUUCAGCGGAGCUGCCUUCCAUUAAGGUGAACAGGGAAGCCAGGUGUGCAGAACUCCAUGUGCACAUGGAGAGCUGGAUCAGGGUAAACUUGUUAUCAUGAGUAAUAGCCUUUAAUAAAGUUCUACAUAGUGUACUUGACUCCACAGCAAAGACACUGAGACAGGAAUUCAAUUAUGCAAGGUCAAAUUAGUUGGAUGUUGUCAUGCUUUGUAAACUAUGCCGAACUUCGGGCAAACUGUGUCUUUGUAGAUCAGUAUCUUUGCCCCAUACCUGUAUUUCACAGUGUCUUGCAUAUUUUCUGCCUUCAGUUUGGAUAGACCUCCUUAUAGUUCUUUUAAAAAACCUAUUAAAAAGAAAUGUUAAGUGCCUUGACUCAGAACCGGUUGGUCUUCCAAACUGAGAUGAUAGCCAGCAACUUCUAGAAUACAACCCCAUUGGUUCUGUAUCUUCAGCACCCGCAGGGGAAAAAAAGGGUUCAACCUAUACGUAACCAUUGAGUCGGCACAUAUAUAUGGACAUGCUCUCUUGUUAUUUCUGUUUGUGCCAACAUUUUUUCCCCCUUUUAAUUAUGCUUAAAAGAGUGGGGUUGCAGUAUGUAGAGUUCAUUGCUGGGCUAUGCAACUAUGGCAGGAGCCCCAAUAGAUCCACUCAUUGUUAUCCAGUGAUGGAGUACACCAUUGAAAAAACAAAAUUAAAAGAGCAUAACAAGAAUGCGUUACUGACUACUGGAAUGGAAUUUUUUUAAAAAAUAGAACUACAUAGAACAUUAUAUCAACAACAGGAGUGUCAUUCAUACAGCCAUGGAUUGUAGUAAACAACCCACAGCAGGUUCCCAGAGAUCUAAAAAGCAGUUCCAUCUCGUGACUAGUCUUGAGGCUGCGCAUUUCUUUUAUUUUCUGUAUCAACAGUAGCAUCAGCGUUAAACUGUGAAAGAAUCUUUAACAUCUCUUCUCUCAAGGAGGAGAAAUUAAUUGGAAAUUAGCCCCACCUCAUGCUCUGCUUUUGGUGUCUAGUUCUUUUCAUAGCAAGGUUAACAUCUGAUUUAAUAGUAACCAAGCAUGCAACACUUCUGUGUUGAUACAAAAUUCCUUCCUCUGAAACCAAACCACCUCCUGCACAUCACUAAAAGAACUCAGUGACAGACACAUAUGAAUCACAUUUUGGGGGGUGGGUGGGGGUGGGUACUACAUCAAAUGGAGGUGUCAUGAAAUGCAAAUCUGGGGCUAAUUAUAAGAUCAGAAGUUAACAAGUCACCAUUUCUGGACGGCAUACAUGCUGUUCUUUGAAAACUCCAAAUGAGAAAUUGUUGCUCUUAAAAAUUUGCAUGUUGCUUCAAUACAAACUGGCCUCUAUACUGGAGGAUUAGAAAGUAGUCAAAUCCCAACAAUUAUAUUUUUUUAAGUGAGCCAGGAGGACCUGGAAAAAGACAGGUCCAUUCACCGAACAUCCAUCCCAGUAAAAUUGGCAUAGUGUACAGAAGACAGAAUAAUUAAACAGAAGCAGCAAACUGGCUUCUGCAAAAUGAAAUCCUGCCUCAUCCACAUUUUAGAAUUCUUUGAGAGAUUCAAAAAACAGGUAGAUCAGGAUAAUCCAAUAGAUAUUAUAUUGCUCUGACUUCUAA